CUGUAUAAUUUGUACUUUAUAAUAGAUUUCAUUUUAUCAAUAUCAGACUUUGUAUAUUUAUUGUUAUUGAAAGUAAGUUUAGUGCUUUUUUACAUCUCUCUUAUUUAUUGUAGAAGUAAGUGAGCAGGAUCCAUGGACAGCAGGUCAUCUCCUGGUCCUUCCACCUCUUCCCAGUACCACCAGUGGAAGAGGAAGAGAGGGACAUGCGGACAGUAUGGAGAAGAGCACUCAUCAUCUGGAUCUCCAAGCCCCUGCAAAUGGAGAAGAGGACGGAUCGUCAGCGAGGUGAAGGCUCCCUUCCUGCAGCGGGAGGAGCGGGUGGCUUUUUAUGGCAUCCUGGAGGACGACCACAUCAAAAACUUUCUUCUUGGAGACACCGGCCUGAGGACAUCUGACAAGUACCUCCUUGCUAUGGUACUUGUCUACUACAAGCGGGCAGGCCUGAAGAUGGAGGAGUAUCGGAGGAAUUUCUUUGCUGCCCUGUUCUUGGCAAACCAGGUAGAAGAGGAUGAAGCUUUCAGAAGAGAGAUCUACCCCUGGGCCCUCGGCUGGACAUGGAGGACAAAGAUGAAUCGCCUGCAUCAGAGAAGAGACAGCUUGCUGAGGAGGAUGGACUUCAGAGCCGUGGUGGAUCGGGCCACCUGUGAUCUGGUCAUGGCGGAAGACCCUUUUCACUGGGCCUGGAUGAGGACUCGGCCAUUACACCACGGCUGGGCCGUACGCUGUUACCAUAGGCACUGGCAGGAGUACCAGAUACGAGGCCCAGAGAGCAGCCCUCUACCUUGCGCUCUCUGCAGUGCCAUUCUAGACCACACAAUCAAGUGGGAAGUGGUCGGAAAUAACAUCUGCCGACAGACAGAAGAUGAGCCCGAAACCAUUCUAAAAGUCACUGUCCAGUAAACAUCUCCGAGCCAUGAAGACCUGACCAAUGAGGAUGAAGAAAUGAAGAGGAGACCAGACGAGGAAUGAAGAAGAGCAUUACACCACAUACACUACACCACACUACACCACACCACACCACACAAUAGUACCACAACACUGUUACUUACAUUAGUCCCUUUAGUAUACCCAGAGGAAGGGCAGUACAGCAGCCAUGGUUCCUCGCAGGUUUCCUCCACAGGGGGUUUUGUCUGUCCUGAGUGCUGCUGUACACUCUCCAUGAGUGAUAGGCUGUAACUGCUAGAGUUACAUGGUAACAUAUAGUUAAUAUCUCUAUAUAUUUUAUUACUUUGUAUAAUUCUAUAGAUUAUAGUUAUUAUAUUAGUUUCAAUUAAUAAUAUAAAAAAUAGAAUUCUUAAUAAGUAAUACUUAUAAAUAAU